AGAAGCGCUGCCGUCGCCCCGCGGAAGUCGUUACUCCUCUCCUGUUUCUGCAUGGCGGCUGCGGUGUCCCUGCAGCUGCUGCUCCCGCCGCCAUCUUUACCACUGGCCGCUCUGCGUGGACGGGACGGCGGGAGAGCGUGAGCCCGGGUCGGAGCAAGCCGGGCCGGGUGACGCUCUCCGCCGGCUCCUUCCUCCGCCUCCUUCUCCUCUCCCGUCGGAUCGGUGACCGCGGAGCCGAUGGGGAAGUACUUCCUGACCCUGAGCGUCCUGAAAGGGCCUUGGGACCAAGUCUUCACCGCCUUUUGGCAGCGCUACCCGAACCCUUACAGCAAGCAUGUCCUAACAGAAGAUAUCUUGCACCGAGAGGUGACUGAUGACCAGAAACUGCUUUCCAGGAGGCUCCUAACCAAAACCAACCGGAUGCCACGCUGGGCAGAGCAUUUCUUUCCACCUAAUGUUGGCCGCCAUGUCUAUAUCCUAGAAGAUUCCAUUGUGGACCUACAGAAUCGAACCAUGACCACAUUCACCUGGAACAUUAAUCAUGCACGUCUGAUGGUAGUGGAGGAGCGAUGUGUUUACAGAGAGAACCCAGAAAACAGUAGCUGGACAGAAGUCAAGCGGGAAGCUUGGGUCUCCUCCCGUCUCUUUGGCGUUUCCCGUGCUAUCCAGGAAUUUGGCUUGGCUAGAUUCAAGAGCAAUGUGACCAAUACUACUAAAGGUUUUGAGUAUGUGCUGAGCAAAAUGCAAGGUGAAGCACCAUCUAAAACACUAGUGGAAACCGCCAAGGAGACUGCCUUGGCGGUUACUGAGAAGGCAAAGGACUUUGCUGGCAAGGCAGCUACUACAAAAAAGCAACAGUAUGUGUGAGAAAACAGUUUUUCCACUGAAGGAACUAAAUGCCACUGGCAGAGUGAUACAAUAAUACUGGAAGGUUCAUUUUAACUUAAGCUUCCCUUCCUUUGGAAGUUGACCAGAAUGUCUGUAGAUUUUAUGUUUUUUUAAUUAAGACUGUACAAAUCUGACAAUCAUCUUCUUUCUUAAAGGUGUAAUUAUCAUU